UUUAGCCCAAACUCACUUUUGAUUGAGGAGCGGGAAAAACAUAUCCAAAACAUUUCGAAUACUACUCUCUUUGUUUCUCUCUCUUCUCUCUCUCUCUCUCUCUCUCUCUCUCUCUCUCUCUGUUUGCCAUAGCUACCGCUUCUCUCUGCACUUCACACACACAAGCUACUAACUUGUCACCACCCCAUUCUGCGUUUCUUGUGGAAUUUCAAAACCCUAUCUUUAACUCUUUGACUGAACUUUGAAACCCUAGAUUUCCCCCCUUUUCUUAGGGUGUCGAUUUUUCGAUGAAAUUACUAUGAUUUGCGUAGCAAUUUUGUUGUUUGAAGAUGACUAAAGAUACAUCGGAACCGAGUGGAGGGGCAUUCCACGCGGUUCAUGCGGAGCGGGACUUACAAUCCAAUUGGGAAGUUGACCUAGCCAAGAAACUCGAGGAGUAUCUGAUAAAAAUAUGCUCCGGUGAAAUCACUGGCGAAGAAGACGGAAACAUUCAUGUCAAUUUUGCUGAAGCUGCUCUACUGCUUCAGGGUUCAAUACAGGUGUAUAGUCGAAAGGUUGAAUAUCUCUACAACUUGGUAUUGCGUGCUUUGGAGUUCCUUUCUCAGAAAAGACAGCCAGAUCAGGUAGAAGGAGAAUCCGUCCAACCUGAUGAUGAAGCUGGUCCCUCUGCUUCUGCUGCUGCUGUUGCUGAUGAAGAAAAUGAUCAAUUCUGGGGAUUAGAUAACAUCCCAGUUGAAGAAAAGAAUUCACUGGACAGUUCAACAGGUAAAGAAGUGAAUUUGGAUCUCUUCAUUAAACCCCCUGCAAAUCUAGUUGUUCUUGAAGGUGACUGCUUGGAUACUGGUGGUGAUGGAGGGGAAUUGGAGUCUUAUCUGCUGUCCACCACUGACUUGUACCAGGAUUUUAUUUUAUUGGACACGUCUGAUGCUGUUGCCGUUAAUGAGUAUAUUAAGGUGGGAAAGGCUGGUACGGCAUAUAAUGGUACUAAUAGAGCUACCUCAACUCGUAAAGGCUUUCUUUCUCCUAGACGUUCUGGUGGAAGUGCUCAUAAAUCAGCUGCGAAGAGUCAGCGUGCUAAUACCGUGUUAUCUCCUAAAAAUAUUAGUUUUGAAGACAAAGAAGCUCGGGUCAGUCCUCCGGCCUCCGCCGGUUUUGGUAACACUGACUUUGGACCUAAUAUGGAUGAUGGGUUUGAUGCACCAAGGGAUGCAGACAAUUCUGAUGAAGAUGAUGAAGAUCCAUGGAAGCCGUUGAAUCCUCAUGAAACAGGAAACUUGAGAGUAAAGCCCUUUCGAAAAGUGAAAACUUCAAGAAAAACUAGAAUCAAUGUGAAACAUCGAGUAUCUAUGAGCACAUUAUUUCCACCUGCCAAAUUGCAUGGUCCUAUCAGUCCAGAGCUCACGGAAAUGUGGGAGAUGAGACAAUGUGCCCAACAGCGACAAAAGGAUUCUCAAUCUACUCUACCAUUAUAUGAGAAGCUGAGACAAUCUCUUACUACUGACGGAAAUGAAACUGGUCUACCAUAUCUUAACACUGAAGAUGACAUUGAUGAUAACGAAAACGAAUUUGAUAACGGAUUUCCCGAUUUUGAUAUUCCUGGCAAUGACUUCAUGGAUGAAGACCAACACCCUUUCAAUAAAGAGCAUGGAGUUCAUGCCAAUGCUGAUGAAGCUGUAGAUCCUGAAUUUCCAGAUUCUCAGACAAGUUUGGAAGAUCUUUGCCGCUCUCAUCUGAAUGCUCUCCUAGCUAACAUAGCUGAAUCUGAGAAGCAAACAGAAAUGGCUGCAAGAGUUUCAACAUGGAAGCAAAGAAUUGAGCAAAAUUUAGAAGAACAGGAUUCACACCCACCGUUUGAGUUCCGAGACUACGGUGAAAGACUUCUUGACAAACUAUCCCUUGAAGAAAGUAGUGACAAUGUCUUACCCUUUUCUGAUUUGGUCAAGGGACAAGAAAAAUAUGACAUCUCCCGAAGUUUCUCUUCACUCCUUCAAUUGGUGAACAAUGGAGAAGUCGAACUACAAAGACAUGAUGUUCCUGGGGAAUCGCUUUGUUACACAGGUGUUAAUCCUUUUCAUGUUAAGCUCCUAAAGCAUGACAAGAAAAAGGAGGUUGGGAAGCAGUUUGGUAUAUCCAAAAAGCGAGUAAAGUCUCCAACAAAAAAUCCACCUACAAAAGAUGAGAGGAAGAAAAUAAUUAGAAGAGAAAAGUCUCCAAUCAGUUCAUCUUCGAGGAAACAUGGACGAACAGAGUUAGCAUCACCUACAAAUUGUAAGUUUUCUGUAAACCUUGGAAAAGUGAGUGCUAUGAAAUUCUCACCUGAAUCCAAGAGACGGCGUAGAUCUGUUGAGCCAGUUAACCUACAUUCAGCAGGGUGACACUGACAGUAACACCAGCUUAUUCCACUCAGCCCGGAAUGGUUUAAUUUAAGACAUUUGCUGGAUGUCUUUACCCUUACCCCGUAGUUAUGUCUGUGUAGUCACUAGUCCUAGUUGUCACUAAAUAGUAUUCUCUGUUUUUGUCUGUAAUAUUAUUGCAAUUGCCUAAAAGUAGUAAUUUAUUGAUGUAAUGAUAUCACCAUGUAACACCACAUUCUUAACACUCUUUCUGUUUCAUAAUAAUUAAUGUUUAAAAAGAGUUUUGAUUUUA